GAUUUGCAUGGAGGGGACGGUCCUGGGCAGGCGGGGGCUUAAAAGGGAGUCAGGGUCCACAGCACAGCCCCAUCAUUCUGGGGACACUGCGCUGGUGGGAUUGAACCAUGGCCUGGGCUCCUCUUCUCCUCGUGGUGCUCGCCCACAGCACAGGUUCCCUGGUCCAGGCAGCGCUGACUCAGCCAUCCUCGCUGUCAGCCAACGUGGGAGAGACCGUCAGUAUCACCUGCUCUGGUAGCAGCUACAGCUAUGGCUGGUACCAGCAGAAGGUCCCUGGCACUGCCCCUGUCACUCUGAUCUAUGCUAAUACCAACAGACCCUCGGGCAUCCCUUCGCGAUUCUCCGGAUCCAAGUCCGGCUCCACGGCCACCUUAACCAUCACUGGGGUCCAAGCCGAGGACGAGGCUGUCUAUUUCUGUGGUGGCUAUGACAGCAGCAGUGCUACUGCUGGUGUAUUCGGGGCCGGGACGAUGUUGACGGUCCUAGGCCAGCCCAAGGUGGCUCCCACCGUCCACCUCUUCGCGCCAUCCUCCGAGGAGAUGACGACCCUGGGCAAAGCCACCCUGGUGUGUCUGAUGGAGAACUUCUACCCGAGGCCUGUGACCGUGCAGUGGGUGGCUGAUGGCAAUGUCAUCACCUCCGGCGUGGAGACCAGCCAGCCCCAGCGGCAGAGCAACAACCAGUACAUGGCCAGCAGCUACCUGCUGCUGGACGCCAGCAAGUGGCAGAGUUACAAUUCUGUCUCGUGCAAGGUCAGGCACGAGGCUGGGAACGUGGAGAAGACCGUGAACAGAUCCGAGUGCAUGUAACCCACCCUGCCGGCCCUUGGCUGGCUCCUUCCCUCCCCCCACCUCUGGGAGCAGCGGCUCCCCCAGCGCAGAUGUCUGUGCCCAUGCCCACCUGUCCCCUGCUCCUGUCCCCCACUGUGAGUGUCACAUAAAUAAAUAAAGAGCGACACUGAACGAGCGCUGCCUCAGCA